UACUGCCCAGGGAGGGAAGAUGGCGGCGCGGGCGGGCUUCCAGGCGGUCGCUCCGAGCGGCGGCGGCGGCGGAGCCGGGCCCGGAGCGGGACCCUUGGGGCCUGGCGCUGCGGGGGGGCCUCCGGUGCGGAUGGGCCCGGCCCCGGGGCAAGGGAUGUACCGCUCGCCGCUGCCCGGCGCUGCCUACCCGCGCCCCGGAAUGCUGCCUGGUAGCCGCAUGAACCCUCAAGGACCUGCAAUGGGGCCUCCAGGGUAUGGUGGGAGCCCUUCAGUCCGACCAGGGAUGGCUCAGUCGGGGAUGGACCAGUCUCGCAAGAGGCCAGCCCCUCAGCAGAUCCAGCAAGUGCAGCAGCAGUCCGUGCAGAAUCGUAAUCACAAUGCCAAGAAGAAGAAAAUGGCAGAUAAGAUUCUACCUCAGCGGAUCCGGGAGCUUGUACCGGAGUCUCAGGCAUAUAUGGAUUUGUUGGCCUUUGAGAGGAAAUUGGACCAGACCAUCAUGAGAAAGCGCCUGGAUAUCCAAGAGGCCUUGAAACGGCCCAUUAAGCAAAAGCGGAAGCUGCGCAUUUUCAUCUCCAACACCUUCAACCCAGCUAAGUCAGAUGCAGAGGAUGGGGAAGGUACUGUUGCCUCCUGGGAGCUUCGAGUGGAAGGACGGUUAUUAGAAGACUCUGCUCUCUCCAAGUAUGAUGCUACCAAGCAGAAGAGAAAGUUCUCGUCCUUCUUCAAAUCUCUGGUGAUUGAGUUGGACAAGGACCUCUAUGGCCCAGACAAUCACUUGGUGGAGUGGCACAGGACUGCUACCACCCAGGAGACAGACGGUUUCCAGGUUAAAAGACCUGGGGAUGUGAAUGUGCGCUGUACUGUCCUCUUGAUGUUGGACUACCAGCCUCCACAGUUCAAACUGGACCCGCGCUUGGCCCGCCUCCUAGGGAUCCACACUCAGACACGCCCAGUGAUCAUCCAAGCACUGUGGCAAUACAUCAAGACCCACAAGCUGCAAGACCCCCAUGAGAGGGAGUAUGUUAUUUGUGACAAGUACCUCCAACAGAUAUUUGAAUCUCCGCGAAUGAAGUUCUCGGAGAUCCCCCAGAGGCUUCAUGCAUUGCUUAUGCCUCCAGAGCCAAUCAUCAUCAAUCAUGUCAUCAGUGUCGAUCCAAAUGAUCAGAAGAAAACUGCCUGCUAUGAUAUUGAUGUGGAAGUGGAUGACACCUUGAAAACCCAAAUGAAUUCCUUCCUGCUCUCCACAGCCAGCCAGCAAGAGAUAGCUGCACUGGAUAACAAGAUCCAUGAGACCAUAGAAACUAUUAACCAGCUGAAGACUCAGAGGGAGUUCAUGCUGAGCUUUGCCAGAGAUCCACAGGGCUUCAUCAAUGAUUGGCUGCAGUCCCAGUGCCGAGACCUGAAGGCUAUGACGGAUGUUGUCGGAAACCCAGAAGAAGAGCGCCGAGCGGAAUUCUAUUUCCAACCAUGGGCUCAAGAAGCUGUGUGCAGAUACUUUUACUCAAAGGUUCAGCAGAGACGGCAAGAGUUGGAACAGGCUUUGGGAAUCCGUAACACAUAGACAGGCCUGCCUCUCCCUCGCCAGCAGGACUCCUGGCUACCAAACACUGCAGGGAUACACUGCUCAGGCCUAUACAAUUCCCACUCCAGCACAGAACCUACCACUACUGCCCUGCCCUCCCCGCCCAACCCCAACAUCAUAUUUCUGCUGCUCCAGUCCUCUCCUUGGAGGAGAGGGCGACAUUGACAGCCAGGCUAAAGCUCUUGUAUUUCUGCCUGGCCCUCUGUCCUUGAUGGUUGCCUUUUCUUGGGCCCCAGAGCUCUCCUGCCCUGGCUCUAGCUGAAGCUCUUCUGCAUUUCAGACAGCUUCAGUUCAGAGUCUUCCUAGCUCAGGAUUUCCUUGCCGGUCCCUCAGGCCCCAUUCCCUGGCCUCACUCCAAAGUGGAGGAGUGGACAGCUUUUCUGCACCUCAGUUCUAAAUUUUGCCAGGUGGGCACAGGUCUGGGCUCCUUUGGUUUCCUGCAGGGUCUAGGAAACAGCAAAUCUUGUACAACUUCUGGCCUCUUAAACAGAUUAGGCAGAUGCAUCUGUUAGGAAAUAAUUGAAUAUCUUCCACCCACUCCCCUUUUGUCUGGCUUUUUUUUCAUUGAAAACUAUAGUGCUGCAAAGCUGGCAAGGAGCCUGCAGGGUCACUGGGGUCAUACCUGUCUUUCACAUUAGUGUCUCUUUAAUGGGAUGAUUAGAAAAGCUGCCAGCUAAGAUAUUGGGCCCUCCUGUCCCCCAUUAAUAAUUUAAAAUCCAUUUCCAGGAAAGUAGAUACAUUUUCCAUGCCAAUACUAUAUCUCUUUCACCCCACUAUUGUCACCUCUGUUCUCUAGACCUGCAAAAGUUGGCAGAAGGGCAUAUGCAAACUAAAGUUGCUCUCCUUUUGCCACCGAAUUGGCACAGAGCAGGUUUCUGGAGUAAACGUUUAAACAAGGGGGGAGGGGAUUUUUAGUGGGAUGAACACAUCCUUUCUGACACAUCUUUCUUGGUCUUGGGUACCCGCUGGUGGGGAGGCAUUCAGGAUACAGCUCCGUCUUUUUAUUGAUUGAUUCCAGGGACUGUAAUGCAGCUGGACUGGUCCCAGUUGCUUGUAUUGACACUAGUUGCAAAAAUCAAGUAACUGACAACCCCGCUUCCUCUUCCAAUGCUGACAUUGAGGCAAGGGAUUGCUAUGAAUUUAGGAGUUCAGGCGACCCUAUCCCUCUGUGUCCAUGUGUUCAAGCUGAGCGUGAGCGACUCGUCUUGUCUUUGCCACAUGAAAGACCUCGCCCCAAUCCCUCCCUUCCCUUCCUUUUCCUUGCUUUGUGGUGCUGGGGAAUAGAACCCUGGUGCCUUACGUAGCUGCCACAGGCUCUCAGGGCAAGUAUAGAUGAAGGAAGCUCAGAGACUGACUGGCUCGGCAAGUGUAGCUGUUCUUAACUGCUCCCUCUUCUUACGCUUUAUGUUCUGUGGUUCUCUUUUCCACCCUCUCCCCUUGGACCAAAUUUUUUUGUACUGUAUCCUUUUAGAUGUCGCCCCCAUUUUAAUAAAAGCUGCCUCUGACUGAA